AUGGCGCAGCCAAUUUCUUUUCGAAAAUCCAUUGGGAUCAUCGGCAUGGGCGACAUGGGCAAGAUCAUCAAUGCCUGCGAUAAGCCGUCCAAUUAUGACACAUUGAGGGACGAGUUUAGGGCUGAUAAAAAUAUCAAUAUAUUGCCCAACGGGCAUUUGGUCUCGAGAAUUAGCGACUACAUUAUCUACAGUGUAGAGGCAGAAGCCAUUGAAAAGAUUGUGGCAGAGUACGGUCCAUCAACCAAGGUUGGCGCGAUUGUUGGCGGUCAAACAUCCUGCAAAGCCCCUGAGCUGGCUGCCUUUGAAAAGUACCUCCCAGACGAUGUUGAAAUCAUAUCUGUUCAUUCAUUGCAUGGCCCCAACGUGAAUCCGAAAGGACAACCACUGGUCCUGGUCCAGCAUAGAGCCUCAGAAGAGAGUCUUAGGUUUGUUGAACGAGUAUUCUCCUCUUUCGAGUCCAAAUACGUUCAUCUCAGUGGAGAGAGACAUGAUCGAAUCACUGCCGACACACAAGCUGUAACUCAUGCCGCCUUUCUCAGCAUGGGUACGGCGUGGCAUGCUAACAAUCAGUUUCCUUGGGAGAUUCCUCGUUAUGUAGGUGGCAUUGAAAAUGUGAAAAUCAACAUCACUUUGCGUGUUUAUUCCAACAAAUGGCACGUUUAUGCUGGGCUUGCAAUCCUUAACCCAGCUGCCCGAAAGCAAAUCCGCCAGUAUGCAGAGUCUGUCACAGAAUUGUAUAAGUUGAUGUUAGGGGGCCAUAGAGAAGAGCUUAAAGAUAGGGUCAAGGCUGCCAGGGCAGCUGUGUUCAAGUCGGAUGCAGAGAAGCAGAACCUCCUGCUUGAAGAUGAAAUGCUUGACCGAUUUUCCCUGUCAAGAGGGCUAACGGAGAAGAUGCCAAACAACCAUCUCAGCCUGUUGGCGAUUGUUGAUUGUUGGUGGAAGUUAGGCAUUGUGCCAUACGACCAUAUGAUUUGCUCAACCCCACUUUUCCGUCUGUGGCUAGGGGUAACUGAGUAUCUAUUUCGAAAAGAAGAACUUCUUGAUGAGGUUCUUGACAUUGCUCUUGAUGAUAAUACAUUCCGCUCAGAUGAUCUCGAGUUUACAUUCGCUGCUCGUGCAUGGUCGGACUGCGUCUCCUUUGGUGACUUUGAGUCCUACCGCGAUCGAUUCGAGCGAAUUCAAAGCUAUUUCGCACCACGAUUUCCUGAAGCUGUGAGGGUUGGAAAUGAGAUGAUCAAGACUAUUCUAGACAAGACAGAGAAGCCCAACGUGUCGCUACCAAUAGGAUCAAGCACGCCAUAG